AUGAUCAACGACCUCUCACCUCUUCGAGAUCACCGAGGUGACAUCGGGGGCGAAAAGACGACGAGUACUAGUAAGUCAGUUGGCGAUUUGUUGAACUCGUGUGGCCUGGCCAAUUCUAUUGUUCAUGUUAUUAUUCCCGGAGAGCACCAGCGUCUGUGGACUCCGCCUCUCGGGUAUAUUUGCCUGUAUGAGGGAUUCUUUUCCCAAUGCCGGUUGUUCUUCCCUCUUCCUAACUUGCUCACCCAAUACGCCCAUCGCCGAAAAAUUCCGAUAUGUCAACUCACCCCGGGAAGUAUCUGCAACUUCGUCGCCGCCCUCACUCUCGCGGCCGAAGAUCAGGUGUUCCUCGAAGUCGAAUGCUUCGAGCAGUUGACGAACUUCAAGAACAGCCAGGGCAGCAAAUUGUGGAUGGUUAAUGCAAAGCCAGCUCAUAACUUCCUUCCGGGGGAAAAAGUUAGUAACUUCAAAAAGUUGAGGGCUCGCUACUUCUUCGUCCGAGUCUACAAACGCUCUUUUGAAAAUCCGAAACGCGGUCGCCGAAGAGUGUGGAACGAUUCGCCGGAUCGCCCUUCCUCAGCUUGGAGAUUAUCUUCCAGAUUCAAACGCAUCAAGAACACUCUCCUCGGUGUAGCAGACCGUAGCUGGGCUCAAAUCUCACGACGUCGCAUGGAAGCAGCGAUGGGUAAGGCAAGAACGCAGUUCGCCAGUUUUGCAAGCUCACUGGGUCAAACUUCCGAGGUCCCGCCAACCACAAUUGUCGCUGCCGAGAUGCUUCGUUCCGUGGACCGAAACGAUGAACCAACCAUCAACCCCGAGCCAGAGCAGACGGAGAAUGAAUUCAUCGAUGUCGAAGAUGAGGACGAGCUCCCGGCUGCUGACGAAGAAGACGAAAACGUGGCUCCCAAUGACUCACCUCUUCCUCCACCGACUGAGCUGAUCGUCUCAGUGCAGAUUGCUGCUGAACCCGAUGACGGUUCAAAGAAGAAGAAGUCCAAGAAGGACAAAAACAAAGAAAAGGGUAAAGGAAAAGCCUCCGCCCAAGGAAAAGGUCAGAAACGCUCCGUGGAAGAGGCUGGUCUCGAAUCAUAUGACCGCUUCCGAGUUGAACGCGCGGCUGGUCGAACCGACCAAUUUCGUUAUGACUAUUUCGGGGAGACGCCUCUUGUGUGCAACAGAGAAGCCUCCGCGGAGUUAUGCAGGCAACUUGCGCUAUCUUCGGUCAUGAUGCCGCCAGUCGAUAAGCUCGAGUUCAAAGACCAAUUCGCCCAGGCCGCCCAGUCCGCCCUUCAGACCGCCGCCUAUAUGUCGGUGCUCACUUUGAUGUACGAUAGGCGUGUUAAAUCAAUGACCCUGGCAGAGGCCGAAUUCGAGAAGAUGAAGGAAUGCUUGGAAAAUCUUCGCGAAGCGAAUAAGUCAAAGAACGAGAGGAUCAAAGAGCUAAAGGAUCUCCUUGCGAAGAAAGAGCAUGACUGUGAAAACCUGGAAGGCAGGGUUGCGGAGCUGGAAUCGCAUGGGAAAGUUCUGGAGGAAGAAAAGGCCAAACUGUCAAAGCAGUUCGAUGAUCUCGGGGUGAAAUUCGAGUCCGAGAUGAGGCGACUUCGCCUAGAUCGCCAGGCCAAGGUAGAAGGCACCACGAAGAAAGCGCAGCACCGUCUCGACAAAGUGAAGGACUAUCUGCAUGAUCAGGAGAUGGCCCGUCCGAAAGAGGAUGUCCUCAACCAGGCGAACGGAUUUGGGGAGAUUAUGGACUACCUUCUGAAGAAUGGUGCAUCCAUCCCGGACAAUCUCGUUGCCGAAAUCAAGAAAAAGCGGGAGGUCGCCCAAACCGAAGUGGAGGCGCUGGAUCUCGUAGAGUUUGAGGAAGGCGAUCUCGACAUGUCUCCCGAUCAGCUCGGCUUUGGACUGCUUCAAUCCGGAGAUGUGGCUCUGGACUCCGUUCCACAUCCGUACGGCUCCAAUGUUGGGCUUUUCCAGGCCGGUCUACCCGAAAAUGUCCCCUAA